GCUCUAAUAGAGGAGCUCCAGGAUUCACUUUUAUACAACGGGGAUCAUCACAUCCGCUCUGAAUGCAACAGGAGACGACCCAGACGCUCAUUGAGUCUCCAAAGCUGACAAACGCCUGUUCAGAGAUUUAGUCUGUGAAACAUGCUGGUUCCUGAUGAGGGUGUAAAUUAAUCUGUACUUUUGUUCUACGUUUUGCUCCAGAGAGAAACAUCAUCCGUGUAGUUACUGGUUCAGCACAAUAAAGGUGCCAUUAGGUGUCACUGGUGUGUGGAGACAUUACCAGCAGGUGCGCUGGAAGGUGGGGCCUGUGCAGCGUCCGGACUCACUGGGAAAGUUUGGUUCAGGAGCUCAGGUUGAACUUAAAGAAGUGACUUGCAGGCGGAUCAUGUCCCGGCUCCUGUUUGCCGCCGCGUGGUGCGUCUGCCUCCUCCCGUCACUGCUCUGCGGCAACCUGCUGUGCUUCUACCGCCCGCUCACGGAGAAGGAGAAGGCGUUCCAGCCGACUCUGACCGAGUGCCCUCCUAACGAGCUCUGCUUCACGGCGGAUGGUCGCUAUGGCAACCACAGCGCCCUGUCGGCCCAGGGCUGCGUGGCGGCGGGCGACUGCAGCAGGGUGCUCAGCACGCGCUUCAAAGGGACGGCCUACGCCACCAGAUACGCCUGCUGCGACUGGUCGUACUGCAACUCCUGCCCCGGCGCCGCGGCCGCGUCCCUGUCCAUCACUGUGACACUGACCACUGUAGCUCUGAUGGGAGGCGACUUGUGGUCCUUCUAGUGCUUUGCUAAAGAGCAGGGCCUUACCAGUAUGGAGUGGUGAAGGCCUGCAGAGCCCAGUGAACGCCCAGUCUGGAGACGCUGAGGUGUGAACUGGCUUUUACAAAGUAUAACAAAGGACGGUUUUUAAUCCUACUUUAAUUAAUAAACAUUAAAAACUG